GUUACUUUUUUUUUUAUCAACUUCAUCAUAAAUUAAAACAAAAUAAAAAUGAGUGAUUUUUUCCCGCUUUUCCCCAUUUUUUCGUUAAACUGUUCAACAUUUGCUUUCGCAGCCGGAAUUGCUGGAAUUGGAGUUUAUGAUUAUAUAAAAACAAAUUCUAAAAUCUCGUUAAUAGCGGGAUUGUCUUAUGGAUCAGCUUUGACUUGCGCUUGGUACUCGACUGUUAAUCAUCCAUUUGAAAUAUGGGGUAUAAUGGCCACUACGGCUAAUUUGGCGAUUACAAGUGCCGCAACAGCUGGAAUUGUUUCAGCUUCAAGGAUUAUAAAUGAUAACUUUUAUAAUACUAAUAAAAAUAAAAUAAAACCAUUGAUUAAAAUUGCAAAAGCUAGUGUCGCUCUACAUGCUUGGAAUAUAAUCCGAAUCGUCACAGUUUCUAUGGCGGCGUUUAUGCUCGAAAAAUUAAGCAAAAAUAAUCACUCACAACUUGAAAAUAUUAUUAAAGUUUAUCCUUCUAAAAUAAUGUGUUAUAUAAUGAUUAAUAUUUAAUUUUAAAUGAAAUUAUUUUUUGUACUAAUUG